CUGCAGCGUCUCAAUCAGAACCAAGCGAAGAACCUCAUCCUCUUCCUCGGAGACGGUCAGAAUCAUAUUCUCAUGUCGUUUGUGACGUUUUUAGUUUUUCCUCUGAUUGAAAAUUUUGCUGCAGAAGGAAAUGAACUGAAGUCCAGAUCCAGGUUUCCCUGCUCCCCCACAGUCCACCUGAGCGGUCUGCUGUGGUCCAGCUUUGUUUUCACAUGUGAUCGAACACGACAAACUGACUCCCACCAGAUCACUGAGCUCCUGUUUGUGUCGGGCCGCUCAUCGGUCACACAACGACACUCCUCCUCCUCCUCCUCCUCCUCCUCCUCUCUCUGUUUGGACUAUCGGCAAAACACGACAUUCCUGCCCACUGCUGCGUGUACAGCCGUGUUAGUGUAGUCAGAGAGAACAGGCAGCACCUUACAGGUUUUAAACAGCAGCUCAUAAGAGGCGACGGUCCGAUGACUUCCUCUCUUCACCUUCUUUUCUCUAACUGUUCAGACCUCAGGACAAUAUUUUCUGCAUUUGUUUUUCUUUUUGUUAACAGGACAAAGCUGUUCCCCAUGAGCGACUGUCUCCCAUUACCCCGUCAUUACCUCUUUGAAACAUAUAAAUGUUGUUUUUGACGUUUGUACGCCCCGCAGCAGAGGGAUCACAGAAAACAAACCUGACGGUGAACUAACGCAGCUUUAACUGUGGAUGUGAUUUUGGUGUUCAGGGAUGGGCGUUCCCACGGUGACGGCCGCUCGCAUACUGAAGGGUCAGCUGAACGGACAGAGCGGAGAGGAGACGCAGCUGGAGAUGGACAAGUUCCCGUUUGUGUCUCUGGCGAAGGUCAGACACCAUCAUGACUGUAUAUUCAUAAACGGGGUGAAGACUCCGUCACCAGAAGGACGUCUUUUAAUUCUACACUCUGUUCCUCCGCAGACGUACAACACCAACGCACAGGUGGCGGACAGCGCUGGCACGGCCACAGCUUACCUCUGCGGGGUCAAAGCCAACGAGGGCACGGUGGGAGUGAGCGCAGCGGCUGUUCGAUCCCAGUGCAACACCACCAAGGGCAACGAGGUCACCUCCAUCCUCAAGUGGGCCAAAGACGCAGGUAGAGCGAUAUUAAUGAAAGGUGGCGUAACGCCGGCCGUGUCCGUCAGCUGUUUGUCAUAAUUGAAGCGUUUUCUGUCCGAACACCAAAGUGUGGCGACGCUGCGGCGGUGUUAAUGUGAACACGCCGGAUCCUCGCAGAGACGACCGCUCAGAGCGAUGACUUUGAAGUGAAAAAGAUGUUUUUAAUAAAGAGAGACUUCCUCAGAGCAACUUUCACCUGAUCUAAAUAUUUAUAUUUCUGGAUGUUUUUCCACUUCACCAUCGAAACUCUGGAUUCUGUUGGAGUUUGAUCCCGUCAGGUGUCUGCUCUGGAGUUUGUGGAGAUCGUGUGAGCGGAGGAAGUUUCAUGUGGGUGUAGCUUUGAAUUCAGUGGAUUUAACGCUGUAACCUUGGAGCCAGAGCUCAACAUGAAGUAACAGUUCAGAUUAAAACCUCAAGAUCGGCUUCAUUUCCUUCCUCUUCAAGGAUGAAUCAGGCUGAAGAAGACAGAUGUGAGAAACGCUCGUCCUCCGGGGAUAAGUGAGAGGUCAGGGUAGAGACAUGUGUGUGUGUGUGUGUGUGUGUGUGUGUGUGUGAGUGCAUACGUGUGGGUUCAGGGGUCACAGAUAAUAAGAAAUUCAAUCAUUCCUCAGGGACACGGCGGGCAGGAGCUAACCUCCCGGUCAGAGCGAACAUGAACAGAUCAUUUUAGCGCCCUCUGCUGGUUUUUGUUUUUGUUUUUCUUCCUCUUGAUUAUCGGGGAAAGACUCUCGACGCUGCAGGACCUUGACUUGAUAAUAAAAUUACUGUGUAAACUCAUGUUAUGUUGGAUAUUUUAGAAGAUUGAAUAAAUCCGAAGCUCUUUAGUUUUUUAUGAAAUAUUGACUCAAACAGACGAUGAAAUAGUUUGUAAAAACAAACUCGUUUAUUUGACUCUUCUCUCUUAUUUAAGGAUUUACACGUGUUUCCUCAUUAUUAAUCCCACCUGCAGUUUAUUUUGUGUAUUUUUCAUACGACGGCUGUUUAAAACGUUUAAAACCUUUUUCUGCACAUUUCCUCCUUUUUUAAUCGAACCUUCCUGAAACAUCAGCGUUCAGCAGCACUUUGUCGUUUUUUAGUCUCUCCUGUUUUUCAGGACAGGAACCUCAGAACUGGACCUGGUUCUCACAGCCGUCGUGUCAGUGAGGUGAUUCGGGUUUAGAGAGUUAAGCUAAUGUUUACGUCAUCUUUUAAACUCGAGAUGAUGUCGGUUCUCUCCAACGUUAAACGCUGCAUGACGUCUUUUGUUGAUCGUUACAGGUGUCUGUCGUUCAUCACGAUUGUCGCUCCGCUCAAACGUUAGUAUCACGACUCUCCGGACAGUCGAACAAAAUGAAUUCACGGUUUAGUAACGCCGUAACGCCGCCUGCCUGCAGGAAAGUAACAGUAACCACAGUUCUGGUAAUCCCUUACUUUACUCAUUACUUUAAAAAGUAAUCAGAUUACUUAAACGUGUUACUUCGAACGCGUUACUACCCAUCAGUGUAUAAAACAUUUACUGUCUUACAAAGAUGUCCCUGAUUGACCCAAGAGGGCGACCCGUGACCAUGAGGAUUAAAAAAGACUCAAUAAAAAGGGACGAAGGACCCUGAAAGUGGGUGUCGGUCCUUUAAAAGUGAACACAUGACUCCUGAAAGAUAACAUGUGACAGUAAAGAGCCAAUAGGAACAAAGUGAGGACUUCUGCCGCUAACCCAAGGUUAUCCACAGAGGACACUGAGGUGAACCUCAAGAAAUAAACAUCCUGUGGUAGACGGUGAACAUGAGACCCUCCUAAAGAAACUAAGAAAUAAACUUCACACUGUGAGAAGUCGACAGUGGACCCCAGGAAACCGACACGAAGUCCUGAGAAGUGAACAUGAGACUCGAGAAAGUCGACACUGCCGAGGGAAACACAAAAACACAACACAGCUGUAAUCUGUGUGUUUGUCUGACCUCCGCAGGAAAGUCAGUGGGAAUAGUGACGACGACCCGUGUCAACCAUGCCACUCCCAGCGCCGCCUACGCCCACAGCGUGGACAGAGACUGGUACUCCGACAAUGAAAUGCCAGCUGAAGCGCUGCAGGACGGCUGUAAGGAUAUCGCCAGGCAGCUCUUUGAAAACAUCCCCAACAUCGAUGUGAGUCUGAGUUUUUUUAUCGUACAGACGAGUGCUCGGUUAUAAACGGUUAAAGACAGGACCCUCGGUCUCCUCUGGACCGUCGCUCACAGAAUCAUUUUGUUAUUUUGCAGGUGAUUAUGGGAGGAGGCAGGAAGUACAUGUUCCCCAAAAACACCUCGGAUGUGGAGUACCCCGGGGUGGCAAAGCACAGCGGCACACGGAAAGAUGGAAGAAACCUGGUGCAGGAGUGGACAGACAAAGUGAAGAAUAAAGUAAAUUCUCCCUCCUCUCUGCUCGACGUGUUUCUCUGCUCCCGCUUUUAUCUCGCCAAUUACAUUUACAUAUUUGGGAGUUCAAAGUGAAGGCAGCGUUUCUCUCUGCGGUACAUUUGUGGUUCUUCUCCUUAUUCUGUGCAGAAAGGCCAUUAUGUUUGGAACAAGAAGCAGCUCUUAUCACUGAACCCGAACAACGUGGAUUACUUACUGGGUACGUUUUUGCUCGGUGUCGUUAUUAAACUCAUUGAAGUGUAAAUGAAGUGCUGACUGGCUUAUUUGAGGCGUGUUUCAUCCUUUUCCUCCUCGAACCGUGUCUCGUGUUGUCCCAGGUCUCUUUGAACCUGCCGAUCUGCCUUAUGACCUGGAAAGAGACACUGAAACUGAUCCGUCUCUGACCGAGAUGGUGGAGGUGGCCAUCAAGAUCCUGAAGAAGAACUCCAGAGGGUUUUACCUGCUUGUAGAAGGUGAGUUUCUGUCGUGUUCUGGUGUUUACGUGUCAGCAGCUCUCCUGCUGUGAGUGUGUGUAAUUUAAGAAAAUGACACGCUGUGUAGUUUUCCUCUUUAAACACUGUUAUUGGGUCAUGUGAUGUCAAGUGUGAUCCGCUCGGUGUCUUAAACCUGGAGGGCUUUAAAGCCGGGUCAGGUCAGUGGACUCAGAACCGGGUCUGUCCUCCUGCUGUAGCUCCUCAGGUGACAUAAUUACCAAAUACUCAGACAAAACUGACUUUGACUAAAUGAGCUGUGGUUGUUUUUUUCACGACUUUAUGUCGACAAUGAAAGUGAAAUUAUAAACAGAUGAUUAACUCCGUCAUUCACGUCUCUCCUCCCGUGUUUCUCACACUCUGAGUUUGAUACCAAGUGGAGACUGAUUCAACGAAACACAGAAAAAAAGGAGAAUAAACCUUUUAACUUUUUAAAGGUUUUCUUUUAACUAAGGUUCAUUUGAAACAGACAAACUCUGAAGUGAAAAUCACAUUAAAGAGUCACAUAAAAAAAAAACGAUUUCCUGUGAAUGAAGUUUGUUUCUGCAGGUUAAAGGUCGUAUCUAAACACGACCACAGACUUCAGAGUCCGUUAAAGACGGAAAUGACUCGAGUUUUAAAAGUCCACUGAUGAGUCAUUAACACAGAGUCUGUCUGUCAGUCAGACACUGAAAAACUUCAGAUUCAUGAGACUCUGCAGAGAAACAGUUUCUUUGGAUCCUGAAAGUUUACAGGAUAAAUUACAACUUUCUGAAUCUGAUUCUAAUUUCAGGUUUAAAAUAAUCAGUUUUAUUGUUUAGUUAAACUUCUCUGUUUGAAUAUUUGACACGGUUGUUUUUCCAUGAAAUUUAAGUGACUCAUUAAUUCUGUGUUUUUCAGCUGUUGUGGAAUUUGAGUUUCUCAUUACCAGAAAUCAGCUGAACGUUCGAGCAGUUUUCCAUGUAAAUGUUUGAAACGGUGAAUCCUACGGUCAGGUUUUGUUUGCUGCAUUCACGGUUUCAGGAAAAAGGGGGUCAAAGGAAGGGGGUGUCUUUGUGUCAGCAGGACUCCCUUUAGCAGGAGCUCUCUCCUUCAUUUGUAACCGAGCUGAAAUGUGUUCAGAUGGAAAGAAAUAUCUCCGUAUGUUCUGUUCAAAGUCAUAAAAUGGCUCCAGACCAUUUUCACACCAAUAAAAGCCCACAGGAAAACACGGUUAUGAUUCACAGAGAGGCUCUCAGCUUCAAUAAAACAUCAACUUUUACUUUCAGUUCAAAGGAAACGAUUUUCCAAGUCUGACAACUUCACAUAAUUAUCCCUUCAAGGAAGAAACGGUGGAGCGGCUGAUAAAAAUUCAACGCCAAAGAUUCAACAUUCAGUUCCAUAAAGUGGGAAAAAUAUAAGAACCUAAAAAAUGUAAAGACGAAAGUUUUGACAAGAAAACUUUCCGAGUAAACGAUCUGAUCACACCCAACAGCUGAAUAAGCGCUGAUCCGACCACAGGAGGUCGAUCACGGCCCGGUUCAGGAUGUAGCAGAAACAGGAAGGCUGGCGUUGAUAACGGCGUGUCCUUGGCCUGCUCUGUUAAAAGAGAAGAACGAUAACGGUCCAUGGAUGCCGAGGACAAACAUCUGUGUGUCUGAGGGCGACAGCUGAGCCAGACUUGAGCUAGAAAAGAGAAGGUCAGGAUGUUUUCAGACCGAGUGUUUGUCGGAUCAUUGAGCAGCUGUGAAAGGACGGUCCCGCUCCUUCUGUGGGCGGUGUCAGUCAAACUUGGUAACUGGUCCGAGUUUAAGAACGCCGUCUUCACACAGCAACAGUCCGUGUUUGUGGAGCUGAGUUUGACUGUUUUCUCUCCAGCUGCAGAAGGUCUGGUCAGGACUGGCGUUGGUGUCGACUAAACACAAACAUGCUCAGCAGGAAAGGCAGGAUCACUCAUGAUCCAGAAUGAUGCUUUGUAAGAUAAAAUCAUGAAACUGUGACUGAUCACCUGAAAAACACUCAGAGAAAGUCAAAACCGGCUCUCCAUGUAGAAAUUAGAGCAAAACCGUGGGAAACGAGAAACGAGACAAAACCACGGCUCUGUUGUCUAAUUCAGGAGGACGUAUUGAUCACGGACACCACGAGGGUAAAGCCAAGCAGGCGCUGCAUGAAGCGGUUGAGAUGGACCGAGCCAUCGGCCGGGCGGGUCUUAUGACCAGCACCCACGAUACCCUGACUGUCGUAACAGCUGAUCAUUCCCAUGUGUUCAACUUUGGAGGCUACACUCCCCGAGGAAACACCAUCUUUGGUGAGUGAGAAGAAGUUUGAGUAGGAGAUGUUAACCCUUCAGUCCGGGUCUGUCGCUGUAACAAAGUGAAUCAUUUGUCUCCAUCUGAAGGUCUGGCUCCGAUGAUGAGCGAUGUGGACCAGAAACCCUUUACCUCCAUCUUAUACGGAAACGGACCAGGUUACAAACUUGUGAACGGGGCGAGAGAAAAUGUUUCCACUGUUAACUAUCGUAAGUAAAGUGAACAUGAGUUAUUAUUGUUAUUGUCCAAGUAUUAAAGAAAAACCACAGACUGUUUCAUCUCUUUAUACGUGGAGAAGAAAAACAGAGCGGGGUCACGGGGUCACGGCGUUACUGCACACCAACCUUAGUCAAACAAUCUUUUCAGGACCUUUUUGACACACAAACAAAGGAAAAUAGAAACUUCUGUUUGUGCAACAGAACAAACAGCCAAGAGGUGGGAGAUUCGACUAAAAGAAAGGGCUAAAGGUGCAGUCUGCAGAAACGGUCAUAUUUAGUGAGAUCUGUGAGCUGCUGAACGAACGAACAGAUUCAUGAACAAUAAAAAAGUCAAAACACGAACCGGACAGUGAAGUUCUGCUAGAGAAGUCAGAUAUGUCUCAGACAAAGAAUGUGAGACCUCUCAGGAAGAAAAACAACCUUUUAAGACGUUUUAUACAAAAAAAAAUCUAACGUUCGACUUCAGAGAGCUUCUUUAAGAAACAGUGAGUGAUACUAAACUCAGUCUGUUUGCUAAAAUUCAGUCACCUUCAGGGACUUAAACUGAAAUAAUCAGACGUUCACAUUCAUGCAUCAAGUCAGUUUUAUGUCAAAGUUCAGGAAGAAUGUGACCCAUGAAGAAAAGCAUCCUAACGUUUCAUGUUUUCUGACUUUUCUCUUCAAUAAGACGUUUUUUUAGUAUCUUGGAUUUCAGUUUUGUUAACAGAGACGUUUACCUCCCAGCAGUCUUCUCUUUGCUGCUUUUGUUCAUGCGUCGCAGGAUCUGUUGAUGUAUUACUGCCACGUCAUUGGUGGAGUCGUGUGAAACCGUUGGCAGGACUUUUUAUCACGUCACCCACAUGCAGACAGGAAAAAAAAAAACAGUGUUACUAAAGUUCAGACGUUUAACUUUUGGUUGUUUUUUCUGCUUAAUUUCUGAGAACUGAAAAAAUCGUUUUCAUCUGUUCUGUGUUUUCUCGUCUUUCAGAGGAAAACAACUACCAGGCGCAGGCAGCUGUACCUCUGAGCAUGGAGACUCACGGUGGAGAGGACGUGGCCGUGUUUGCUAAAGGUCCCCUGGCUCACCUGCUUCACGGGGUCCAUGAGCAGAACUACAUCCCCCACGUGAUGGCUUACGCAGGUUGUUUCGGCCAGAACACGGACCACUGUUUGACUCUCAACGGGGCGGUUUCACACAGCGGGACCUCCGCCGUGGUCACUGUCCUCUCCAGCAUCGCCGCUCUUUUCACAGUGAACCGACUACUGUGCUGACAUUCCCUCAUGUCGCCCUGAUUUUAACCACUCACACAUAUUAAAUUCCACGUCUGUCGAUGUUUUAUGAAUGUUAAAUUUUACCCAGCGUUGUUUGAUCAUGGGACGGCUGUCUUCGUCGUAAUCUAAAGCAGCAGAAUCAGGAUUCGUUUACUCAAGGACAGAAAUCACAAAACGGACGAAUCAGUUUUUUGAGUUGAACUAAUGAAGGAUUUAAAGACCACUUUGUUAAUUGUAAGCCCUUUAGGUUUGAAGAUAAAGGCUGAAUUAAAAAGGUUUAAUUAUGUUUGGUAUCAUAAAUGUUUAGUUCACAGAAUCUACCUCAAAUUCUAUCACAGAAGGACGGUGUGUUCGGAAGGGCGUGCUCAGAUGGAUAAAUCGAAACCACGGGCAAAUGAAUGUACAAAAGAUAAAAUACAAACUACAUACACCGUGUGCAUCUUUGUGAAAGCACUGAAAAAACCCAUUUACUAUUGUGUGUCCAACAGAAGCUGAAAAAUCCCCUGAACAAUAAAAGAAACAUUCUUCUUUUCUGAUAAUCUGGUG